AUUUUUAAGUACAUGUAUUAUGAUUAUAACCGCAAGCUUGUGUUCCAAAACAAGAACGAAAUCGUAAAUUGACUAUGUGAUGUUUAUGAAUUUGUAUUAUCUUUUAAAGACGUUUUACUCUUAAAUAAAGUUUAAUAAUUUUUAUUUGAUGAAUCGUAGCUUAUUUUUCCUGAGUUUGCAAUCUUCUUUACAAAGCUAUUGUUACUUUAUUUCAAAAUGUGUUCCUGCAGAAUGCACAUGAAAAUAUCCUAAAUUUGUGUUGAGAGGAUGAUUCAUCAUUGAGAACGAUAUUUGUCUACUUAAAAAUGGCUGAAGCUGCUCAAGUCAGUUCUUUACCUUUACCUCCUUUGCAGUAUGUCAAUUUAUACACUGAUGAGAAUAUACAAAACAAGAGGGCUCCUUCCCCUCCCAAGCCAUGUAUGGACUCUUAUACUAUGUUUGGAUCUCAAUAUCAUGCUGACGAUCCAAUCAUUAGACCUCUUGAAAGCCAAAACAUUAGAAGACUGUAUCCCCAAAACUAUGAUCACAAACGCGAACUUAAAAAGCUUAACCAUUCCAUACUUGUUAACUUUUUGGACAUGCUUGAUAUUCUAAUACGUUGUCCUGACACAAAUAAAAGAGAAGAAAAGAAAGAAGACAUCAAUUUGUUAUUCAUUCACACGCAUCAUUUGAUUAACGAGUUUAGACCCCAUCAGGCACGCGAGACUUUACGUGUGAUGCUCGAUGUACAAAAAAGACAAAGAAUUGAAACCACGGAAAGAUUCCAGAAGCAGCUCGAGAGAGUCAUCGAGAUGCUUCAACAGACAACGUCUAACAUGCCAGAUUCGGCUGACAUGGACUGUAAACUGUUGGUUCCUACUGAGUCUAUUGGCGUAACGGAGAAAGAGAAACAAGCUGAUGAAAAGGAGGAGCACUGUUAUGGACUGGAUAGAAUAAUGUGCGAUAUUGUUGAUGCCAUGGUAUAAGAAGAUCUAAAUUCCACAAAGUUCAAAAAAUAGUAUUAGUGAAAAGCGGGGCCAAUGCUGUGUAUAAUAACUGAAUCAUUAUUGAAGUUGAAUUCAAUAAAAGAGCCCUCAGCGUGCCUUAUCAUUCAGAUUUUGUAAUGAAAAUGUGAAUUUAAAGAUUGUAUACAUCUCAACUGUUCAUUUUGCAUUUAUUAGUAUGACAUUCAUUAAAGAACGUGUAUACUGAGAA